UUCAUAGCUGUAACAUUGCUAAAUGCAAUUCCACUUUUUUUUAGAAAAAAUGUUGACGAAAAUCUCUUCCUAUUUCAGAUACGAUUUCACAGCAAGUAAAACUUUGCUCUGAGGUAGAUGAAGAGGUCAGCUAAGUAUAAACUCGGCUUAUCUAAUUUCUCAGACCCUCUUAAUUUGUUCCUAAAACAGUGCCUAGAGCACUAUUCAAUUGGUUCAGGGCUAAAGGAAGUAGUCGAAGGGGAAUAAUAGUUUUGUCUCCUGUUUAAAGCUGAGUCUCUUAGUGGAGGUAUUUGUCAUUUCGUGAAUAUGACUGGAGAUGAAGGUGAUUUCAAAGUUGUGGGUUGUUUUUCUUUUAAGUGCCUGGGGAGUUUAAAUCAGAAUAAGGGUUAAGCACUUAAAUAUCUUUCAGAAACUGAUUCUGUUGAAAGCAGAAGGAUUGAAGUCAGACAGUUUUUUGGAAAAUCAAAGCAGAUUAUCCCAAUUGCCUUGUCUGGCUUUUAUUUUAUUUAGAAAACAAUUUAGUGGAGUGGUUUCCUUAAGCAUUUAAUUUUUUUGUCUUUACUAAUGUUUUUCUGUAGCUCAGUGAAGUUAAUUGUUUUUGUGGUAGCUUCCUGUGCUUCCCAGAUACGAAAUGCUGUUUGCUGCAACAAAAUGGAACAUGUUUCUUGCAGUCCUUCUAAUGAUUUUCAUAUAACUGAAGAAGAAACUUCUUUUAGCCCUAGCAGCGAUUAAAAGCAGUCAGGACUGGAGUCAUAGCAUGAUGCAGCCAAAACAAGGAUAGUGUUAGGUGAUGCCAUACCUAAAACAAACUGCAGAAAUACUCUGUCUGCUCUACUACUCUUCCCUAUCUGAACUACUGUUCAGGUACUGCCUGUACAGUGUUUUAGAGAUGUUCUAAGAGCACAAGUUUGGUUGGUUUUUCUUCCUGUUUUAUGAAUGAGUUGACUGCAAAAACAUGUUGCAGGUAGUCUUGCACCAGAUAUCUGAAGCUGUUUUUACUUAAUUCAGCAGAAUCUGUCAGAUUGAGAGGGGAGGGAAUGUGUGAAGAAAUAGAAGGAAUCUUGGCUCUACUGAUAAUUGCAGAAAAGCUUUUAUUGUCUUUUGGUGGAGUGCAGUUAUCCAUGUCUUUAAGGCUAUUUAGUGAUGUCAAUGUAUCUCAAGGCAGUGAGGUAUUUUUUGCUUGUGUUUCAGUCUCUUAAUUGUUACAUAUUGUCUGUCAAUACACACAGUGGAUGCACAAAGAUUUAUAGUUUGGUUUCUGAUUGUAUAUUAGCUUGUUACUAUCUGUGGAAAAAAAUAUUUUUACGGUAUUUGUGAGAUAAAUAUGUAUUUGAAACAUAAAUACAUUUGAGAUUAAAUUGUAUCACCUGUUUUAAUAGACUAUAGAAACAAUGAAUGAAUUGUAUUCAAAACUGUACAAAGAGGCUGAGAAGAUCAAACAGUGGAAAUUAACUGUAGAAUCAGAAUUAAAGCAGAAAGAAAGGAAACUGCAAGAAAAUAGAAGGAUUAUUGAAGCCCAGCGUAAAGCCAUUCAAGAAUUGCAGGCCAGUAUUGUACAAUAUACAUUGAAUAUGUAAAGUAAAAAGGAAGUCCUUCCUGAUUUAGCAUAAAUAUUAUUUGUACAAUUAAGUAUUAAAGAAUGCAGCAGAGGUUGAAGAAAUUUUAAACUGUUAACGUCAUGACUGCAGAUAAGACCUUUGGCUACAUACUAGUCACCUAUGGCUCUACUGUUACUAAAGGAAAAGCCAUUUUUUAGUAAUAGUUUACCUCUUUAACAGUGUGCAUUCCAUUUUUGUAUGGUUUACAUACUGUGGUUACUCAGAAAUCUAUUCAAGAGUGAAUAACCUUUCAUCCUCCUGGUAUGUGUAAAGUAUGCUCAUGCAUAUUUCUGUUCUCAAAACAUACAGGAAGUAGUGCAGUCUGCUUUAUCCCAGUUUUUUAUCUUGCUGGUAGUGGACAGCUUUGACUGAAAUACAUAUUUUAGAUAAUUUAUUAGUCCUCUUUUCUUGAUGAUGAUUGUUAGUUUUCAUUGGCUUUACUAACCUAAGUCAUCUUUGAUUGACUUCUGUGUUGAGAAAAUAGUUCUGAGAAGGAGUGCACAUGUGCAGUGUGAAUGUAUGUAUGAAUAAUGUACCUGAAAAUAUUUCAGUUGUUGGUAAGUUACUGUUUUAUUAUUAUGUCUUUCAUACAAACAGUAAAAAAAUGUCUCAGCGUGUAAUAUCAGAUAAAAAAGAUUUCUGUCUUCUGAUGCAGAAAGUCACUUGCAUGCAAGAUUUGAAAAGUGAAAGUAUUUUUUAAUAUACUUUUCAAUAACAAUGUGUUUUUGUUUGUUUCCUAUGGGAUUAGUUUGAAAAUGAAAAACUAAGUUUAAAACUGGAAGAUGAGAUAUGUGAAAAUAAAGAUCUCUUAAAAGAGUAAGUAACAGACAAAUAUUUUUGUGAAAAUAAUUAGGUUUUGUGCUGAGAACUGUAUUAGUAUAGGAAGUUAUAUAUAGCUGUUAAAUUCUAAAGGUCAUCAGGACAUUUACAUUGUUACUAAUUUGGUAGGUAAAAUACUAUGCACCUCUGUUAAAAUAUAUUGGAUGUUUUUUCCCUCUUUUAGAAACAACGUUUCAAGGCAUCUGUGUAAUCUACUGAAGGAGACCUGUACUCACUUUACAGAGAAGUCCACCAAAUAUGAGCAUGAAAGAGACGAAACAAGACAACUAUACCUGGAACUUAAUAACAAUGUUGAAGUAAGUGACAACUUGUUAAAAGGCUCACGUGAUAUCAGUUGAGAUAUGAAUGAGCUUGCAAUGCUGUUUGUUAGCAGACUGUAAAUGUAAGUCUUUAUUACUCAAAAUACUUAGUUUUGCAUGAACUUCUAUAUUUAAUGUUAUUUUUAGAGAAUGAUAAUGGCAUUUGAAGAGCUUCGUGUGCAAGCAGAGAAUGCCAGAUUGGAAAUGUCCUUCAAGUGUGAGAAUUCUGUUAAUUGUGUUUAUGCUGUGGGCUUUACAAGUUUAUACCUUCAUUGCAUGUAGUUUCAGGCCAAAAGAUAUGAAGUGUUAGAAUGGGGAACUGUUAACACUGACAGGCUGGACCCUCUUUUAUUCAUGCUGCCUGUUAUUAAAUGCCUGGACUUUUUUUUUCCACAGGAUCAUAUUUGGAUGAUUAUUUUGGAAAUAGUUACUUGAAAUCUGAAGUACAGUCUAGUGAUCACUACUAAUUUUAUGUAGUUGGUUUAUGAAAAUAAUUAACUGGUGCAUAGCUACGGAAAUUUUAAUUACAUAUUUGCUUUAUUUAUGCUACUGUGUGUGUUUAUUCUUUACAUGUGCAUUUCUGUUACUUCCUUGUAACAAACAAUAAUUAGAAUAAUGGACUAAUUCUCUGGAAAGCUGGUACAAAAACUAGUCUGGUUAGAAAAUAAUUUUAAACAUGACCUCAACAAUUGCUCUUUAGGAGACAAAUGGUACAGGUGUACAGUUAUAAUGAUCUUAAACUGAAAAUUGUGUUUAACCUGAAGUAUAGUUUAGCUAGUAUAUUAACUGUGGAUAUUGCUGUAUCUCAAAAGUAAAAGAAGAAGCAGAAAAAAUGGACAAGUUUGAAAAAGAAUGCAAACUGGAAGUCAGUAUGAAGGAAAAGCAGGUUAGCUUAGUUUUACAAUCUUAAUAUGUACAGCUCUGUUCUUGAAACACGCCUUGCAAAUAUUUGAACUCCAUUUUGCUUUAUAUCAAAUGAAAAUAAUUACUUUAAAAGUAAUUGGUUGUAAAAUAUUUGUAUUUUGGAGGGAUGGAAGAUAAUAUUGUAAAUAACCUUUUGAUGGUAUGUUCCUUAUGUGUAUUUACUAAAAUGUGAAAUAGGCUGCUGUAUUGUAAAAAGGGACAUCUUAGUGACAGGAUUUAAAAGCAUCAUGUAAAUGCUGAAUACUCUUCCUGUUCUCUACACAUAUGCUGCCUUUGGAAGAGUGGUUUGUGCAGAAGCAUAAAAUUAGCAAAAGCAGCCAUCACUUCUCAUAGCUAGGAAUGCUAUAGUUCAUAUCUGGUAAGAAAUAAGGUGGGAAAAAGGAUUAUAAUACAUAUUAGACUCUAGGCUGGUAAGAGAGUUUGGGAAUCUGAGAUUUGCAUGUUUUUUGUAGUGGGGAUGAGGUAGCCAUGAUGGAAGACCAACUAAGCUGAAGUUUGUAAGCAGGAGUCUUGAGAAGCAGAGCAUCUCUCUGUAUUGGGGGAGGUCAGGAGUUGCUUUUUCUGAGGAUGGAUGUGAUGUUGCAAGGAGUGUAUCUGGGCAUCAGUAGAAAGGACAAAAAUAAUAGCUGAAGCCAUGUUUAAGUCAGAUUCUGCUAACUUUAGUGAUGUUCCAGUCUGUUGGAAUUGAUGUUUUGAUUUUGAACUGAACAGCUUUUUCAUAGAGAAAUAUAAGUUGAUCAAUAUUUGGCUAAUACCUUUUUUAACUUGAAUGACAGCCAUAUGUAUGUUAAUGAUACACAAUGCACAAAUGAAAAUGUCCUUUUUUUCUAGACUUAAUUAUGAUAGUUUUGUUAGAUUUCAGUUCUUACCAUACAGAAUGAUGAAAAAGAUGAUAUAAUAAGAGACAUCAAGACUCAGCUGCAUGAAUCAAAAAAUAAGAUUGCUGACUUAGAAGAAGCAAAAAGUAAGAGGUCUCUUUGCUAUGUUAAAAUAUAUUAUUGGUUAUGGAAGUGUAGGAAACAGGAUCAUGAUCAUUUUAGCCUGUUACUAGCGGGCAGCAGAAUUUCAGGGCCUUGCAGGCCAUAUUUUCAUUUGAACAGAAGAUGCUGAUGUGGCAUCAGGGCUGGUAGUGUAAUCUGCAUAUGUAUUAAAGUUAGGCCCUUACUUCAAAACAAAGAUUUUCUUCAGGCUUAAGCUUUACCCUCUUUUUGUGUUGAUGUGACAGCUUCAUUGUGAGGGAUUUUUCUUUUACUCUUCAAUAAACUCUCUUGUGAACAUGUAAAGGUACCAUAUACCCUGUUGUUCCUUUUUGUAACAGAACUUAAUUUUACCAGGACACUGGAUAACCCUGCCCCUGUUCUGGAUAUUUUUCCCAUUUCAGUUGGACUUGUAUGGGAAACAUGGCAUGAUAAUAAUUGUUUUUCCUAGUUAUUGGAUUGAUUGGUUUCAAACCAAGCUAGUGAAGGGUCUUCAAAGUAUAGUAUUUAUUCAAUACUCUAUAAAUAGUAGUCUUGUUCUGACAUAUUUUCACAUCUUUGCCAAAUAACUCUCCCCAGAUGUUAAGCUUUUAAAUAUCAUUUGCAAAUAGCCAAAGGAUUGACUGGGAUUGGAAAUAUAACUGUUUUGAAAGAGCUCUUUUUUAAGGCUCAAUCAGUGAGAGCUUUUGAAGAUUGCAAGGGGAAAAUACAUUGCUUGAAUUUUGCAAAUUUACAGUAAGGUGCCACUGAAGAAACAUUUCAGACCUUGAUUUUCAGUAUUUAUAAGCCAUUUAUAUUACAAAAUAACUAUCGUAUAUAAGUACUUUUGUUCUUUAUGACUGAGGCAAUUUUCAGCCUCCCGUGAGGAGUGGUGAGGUAGGUUUUAGUAUUGUUUUUGUGCCAGAUACAUGCGACUACAUUGUGUUAAAUUUUAUAAAUAUAUCUAGUACUACAUUUUGUUAUGCUGUUACUAAGUGGAUAAUCAUCUUGGAGGCUUUUUCCUUAACAAUGACAUGAAUACAUCAUGUAACUCGAUUAAGUUGUAGGAAUGUGUAUAUCUGCAAAAUAGAAAUGCAAGCAUUUUCUAGUAAAUAUCCUAUUUUUAAAAAAUGUAAGCAAAUAUCUUUUUGCUUAGGAAAUGAAGGAGAAAUAUUAAAGGCAUCUCAGAUCAAUCAAGAACAUUUGAGGGCAGAACUGGAAGAUGCCAAAGUUUCAUUGCAAAAAACAGAGAUUGGAGGAAUAUGAAGAUGAAUCAAAGCUACUUACCUUGGAGCUCAAAAAAAAGUCUGCUGAACUGGAAGAGAUGACUAAACUAAAACGUGACAAAGAAAUGCAACUUGAAGAGCUGUCAGAAACACUGAAAGAAAUCCAUGAUUUGAAAGUACAGCUGACUAGUACAGAUGAAAAGGAACAAAAUUAUUUAAAACAGCUUAUGACACUGAAUACAGAUCUUGAACGAGAAAUAAAUGAACUCGAGUCUUUGAAGCAGAAGAUGGCAAAGAAAGGUGAAGAGAUUAAAAGUAAACUGGAUGAAAGAGAAGAAAAUGCUAAGAGUAUUGAAAAUGAAAUGUCAAGAAAGGAUAAACAGUUGAAGAUUCUAGAAAAUAAGGUAUACAAUUUUUUUCAUGUAUUGUAGAAACUUCAUUCAAGAUUAUUUUUUAAAUUGUGAAGGUACUUUUUAUUCUUCCUAAACUCUGGAACCACUGAGGAACUUCUUCACUGCUAUUGUUGAUGAUAAUUUGGCCAGCAAAGUUUUUGUAGUUCUUUAUGGUUAAAACACCACUUAUUCUAACAUGUUAGCAUAUGUUUCAGUCCUAUUGAAUUAACCAGACUUGUGCAAAUGCAUGCUUAAGAAUGUUGACAGUAAUCUCUUAACACAGUCAUUUUUUAGGAGUUAAUUGACUAAUGCUUGAAACAUCUCUUCUUAGUUCAAUAAUUUAAAGAAACAGGUGGAAAAUAAAACCAAAUGCAUUGAAGAGUUGCAACAGGAGGUAUGUACAGUUCUUAAACAUCACGUAUUGAUAAAAGAAGUAACUGUUACCACAAAGUACCAUUUCAACAGUUUUGCUUGCUGAUACCUUUAGAUAUACCUGUGUCAUUUAUAAUACUCCUUUCUUAUCCUAAGUCUGAGAAGAUUAAGGAGUCAACUUUAGAACUACUUGAUUUGUGAAAUUAUCCUUACUUUUGAAAAUGCAAUUAAAUAUAUUUAAGAAAUUUUUGCUAUUUACAUUUAGUAUAUGGUAUUGAUAUACAUGAAGUAAUGACCUAUCUCAGGUACCAAGAGUAGAAAAGAUUUGUGCCUUAGGACAAAUAGUUAAUAACUGUACUGCAAAGAUACAUAACUUGUAUUUUUUGUCAUGACAUAUGCACAUUUUUUGUCAGCAGCAUCUGAGUUUUUCUUCCCAUUCUGCACCCUCAUUAUUCUCUGUUGUUGCCCAUGAGAAAUCUUUCAUAAGGUCAUGAAGUAACAGUAUUAUUAAAGUAAGUUGAGCACUCUUUUUGUUUGGAUAAUUGAUCUGGAAGCUGAACUGCACAACAAAAAUAGUUACUGGCUUGCUGAAAGCUGGAAUUCUGAAGGUUCUGAUGUUAUUUCAUUACAUAAUUCUAUUAACUUAUUAAAGUAUAGUGUUUCUUUUACUUUCUUUUAACAGAAUAGGGUACUGAAAAAGAAAAUUACUGCAGAAAGCAAGAAAACCAGUAUUUAUGAAGGGAAGGUAUGUUUAAAUAACUAGAUGUACAAGAUAUGAGGGGAAAGCAGACUCAAUGUUUUAAAUCCCAGUGUAACUGAAGAGAAUGUUAAGCACGUUCUUAAUUGUUUUAUGGAUCUGCAAUACAGAUUUUACAGGAAUGAUCCCAUCAUUUUUUGGAAGAUGCUUUCAUUUUUAAUCACUGGACACUGACUGGGCUAUCAGACAUUUGUAAGAGGAGGCCAUCACACCUCAAAGAAUUACGUUCCUAAAUCAGUCCCUUUUUUGAUGAUUGCUAGUGUACUGAACAUUAUUCAGUAAUGCCACCCUAUUGAAAUAGCAGAGUAAUUAAAAGAAAUAAAUAUACCAUUCACUCUUACUGUGCAGUGGAAAAUCCCUAAUUAGAAUAUUGUGUCCAACUGUGGGUAUCACGCUUCAAGAAAGAUGUAGACUGUUUUGAUGGUAUUAUGAGAAACUUGAAAGGAAAAGUUAAAACCACCAUGCACACUUGGAGGAAAACAUACCAUAAACCAAUUAAAAUCUUAAAUUGCUUGGCUAGAGAGGGAAUAAAAUCUCUUAUGUGUAUCUUUUUUCUAAUAAUUCACAGCAUUUGGGGUGACUGCUUAGGAAUAGAAUCUUCCUAUUUGUUUCAUACCAAAUUCUCUUUAAUGUUGUCAGCUAAAAGGAAAUAAUAUUUUGAUAACUAAAUAAAAAUUUGAAAAGAAACUUUCUAGACAAACUGUUUCCUUAACUCCUAAUUGAAAAAAAAAAAGUUUUAAUAGUAAAUGAAGUUGUACUGCUAAGUCUUAGGAGACCUAUAGGUUAUGGUUCAUUUUUUUACCUUGCAUUCCAUGCCAGCAAUACUAAAAAUAUUUCUUUUGUACGGAAGGCAGAAUAGUGUCAGAUUGCUAAUGGAUGAUUCCCUUAUAUUGGAAUAAUUGUGAUUGACCAGCCUCUAGCUUUAGGACUGUUAUUGACUGGGGUCCUCAAAACUGCCAUGGGCAGUCUUUCCUGUUGUGGUGUUGCCACUGUUGCUGAGUAUUUCCUAACUCACUUUAGGCCAAAGUUAAACUCUUUAUGAAAAAAGCUGAACAUUAAAUAAGAAACAGUUCAGUCAUAUACCUGAAAAUAAGAGUGGUUCUGAUUGAAAAUAAAAGGUUAAAAAAAAAAAAAUUGGCAUAUUUAUUUCUAAACAAAUAACACCAAUAAUUCUGCAUUCUCAAAAGGUGAAUAAAUUACAGUUAGAGAUGGAAAAUAUGAACAAGCAACAUAAGGAAGCAGUUGACAUCUAUAAAAAAGAGAUUGAAACAAAAAAUGUAAAUGAAAAUAAACUUAUUGAAGAGGU